AUGGGUAAUAUUGAGGAGAUGCUCAAGAAGAUUAUGGUUGAUAAUCAGAAUCGGGCUACUACUAUUCAAAAUUUAGAGCGACAAAUGGGGCAACUUGCUAGUUCCCAGAACACCAAACCAGCGGGAGCAUUACCUAGCAAUACUGAGGCUAAUCCUAAGGCUCCUAUUAAUGCUGUGUUACUGAGGAAUGUGAGAGAAUUAGAAUAUGUACCUUCGAAGAAGAGAAAUCAAGUGACUUUUAGUGAAAAGCAAGCCACCAGAGAAGUCGAAUCAGAAACUACAAAAGAGUCAGAGAAGCCAUUUGAAGAGGCUGUGGCAAAGAAACCACAACCAAUAAUUGCAAAGCCACCACCUCUGUUCCAUCAAAGAUUACAGAAAGUGAAGGAUAAUGCAGCGUACAAGAAGUUCCUUGAUAUUUUGAAACAGGUGCAGAUUAGCAUCCCAUUGGUGGAUAUUUUGCAAGAAGUGCCAAAGUAUGAAAAGUACAUCAACGAAAUUGUGGCAAACAAGUGCAAGUUGACUAAAUUUGAGACUGUAACACUCACUGAGGAGUCAAGCACAAUACCUUACUUGGUGUCUGAAGAUCCCCUGGGAAGAUCUUUAAUUGGCGAAGACGAAGAAGAGGAUGAGCUGGUGGAUGAAAUUGUACAAGUUUUAAACAUAACAUGUCAAUAUGUCAACGGGUUGAAGAGAUUUGAGGAAAUUGACAGGCCAUUGACAUUGACACCACCUAAGUGCUUCGGAAUCCUUAUAGGUGAUUAUCUCAUUUUCAUUGUCAUAUGUGCAAGAAGACAAGCUGCUUCGAGAUCUGAGGGAACACAAGGGGAUAUCGGCUGGACUAUUGCUGAUAUCAAGAGGAUCAGUCCAUCAUUUUGUAUGCAUAAAAUAUUCCUGGAGGAUGGACACAGACCCAAUGUGGAACAUCAAAGACGAUUAAAUCCCAUUAUGAAGGAGUACGUGCCGAAAAAAGGAGCCAUGAUAGUUGUGGCAAACGGGCAAAAUGAGUUGAUACCUACCAGAACGGUGACGGGCUGGAGAGUAUACAUUGAUUACAGGAAACUCAACAAAGCUACGUGCAUGGAUCACUUUCCUCUCCCUUUCAUUGAUCAAAUGCUGGACAGGCUAGCGGGACAUGAAUAUUAUUACUUUCUUGAUGGUUACUCCGGUUACAAUCGGAUAGUGAUAGCACCAGAAGAUCAGGAAUAA